UAUAUGAAGAAAUUAAUUAAACUUAAAUUAAAUUUAAUUGCUGGAAAAGCUACUCCUAAUCCUCCUAUAGGGCCUAUUUUAGGACAAUAUGGUAUAAAUAUUAAUGCUUUUUGUAAAGAAUAUAAUAAUAGAACACAAAAAUAUCUAGGAUUAAAAAUACCAGUAUCAAUUAUAUUUUCUGAUCCUAAAAAAUUAACUAUAAAUUUACAUAUACCUUCUUUAUCUUUUUUAAUUUUAUUUUUUUCUAAUAAAAAUUUUAUUACUAUUAAUAAUUUAAAAAAAAUUUUAUAUUUAAAAAAAAAAGAAUUUUAUCCAAUUUCAACUAAAAAAUGUAUUUAUAUGAUAAAAGGAACUUUAAAAUCUAUGAAUAUUAAUAUAAAAUAA